CACUUCAGUCUGCGUCUGAGCGUUGGAGAAGAUCGUGCGAUUUUCCGCUGGUCGCUCUCGUGUGUUCCCAAGUCUCCUGCUAUUUUUUUAUACUCUGUAGUGCGCGUAAGUGUGUACGUGUGUGUGUGCGUGGCAUUUCGGUAGGAAAAAAGUGAACUGGUGAAACAAAUUAAAAGUUAGGAAUAUUUUUCCCAGUUUGAGCAACACGAAAUCGAAGUCGGCGACGUAAACGUCUGAAAAGUUGAAAAGAGAAAAGAGCCUAUAAAAAGUUAUCAUCUCAACCAGCCAGUGUUUUUUUGUGUCCUGUUCUAUCUUCUACAAACCUAUAUAAAUAUAUACUAUCUCGCUCUCGCCUCCUCGUGUUUGUGCGUUUACGUGUUUACCACCGAAGACAACAACCAAAACAACAACCACAUCAUCAUCACCAUCAACAACAACAACUGCUGCUGCCGCUGUCUAUCGCAAAAAUACCUAUAUCUACUAUAUAGUGGUGUCCCGCUCUUGCAUGUGUGGUGUACGGCAGUAAAGUAAUGUGGUGUAUUUCAUGCGUCUCUGCCCCAACUAAUUCAGAACCAAUGGCAGCCAUCCGCAAGAAGCUGGUCAUCGUCGGGGACGGUGCCUGCGGUAAGACGUGCCUGCUGAUCGUGUUCAGCAAGGACCAGUUCCCGGAGGUGUACGUGCCGACCGUGUUCGAGAACUAUGUCGCGGACAUCGAGGUCGACGGCAAACAGGUGGAGCUAGCGUUAUGGGAUACGGCCGGCCAGGAGGACUACGACCGGCUCAGGCCGCUGAGCUACCCGGACACCGACGUCAUACUGAUGUGUUUCUCCGUAGACUCGCCAGACUCGCUGGAAAACAUCCCGGAGAAGUGGACCCCUGAGGUUAAACAUUUUUGUCCAAACGUACCCAUAAUCCUAGUUGGUAACAAAAAAGAUCUCAGAAACGACCCUCACACAAUUAAGGAAUUGGCCAAAAUGAAGCAGGAGCCAGUGAAGCCGCAGGAGGGGCGCGCGAUGGCGGAGAAGAUCAACGCGUUCGCGUACUUGGAGUGUUCGGCCAAGUCGAAAGAGGGCGUCCGUGAGGUGUUUGAGACCGCGACCCGGGCCGCGUUACAGGUCAAAAAGAAGAAGAAGAGUAAAUGCGUGCUGCUCUAAGGAGGAGGAGGAUGUUGGAGGGGGCGAGGUCCACACAAAACAACAACAAACAGAAGAAGAAGAAAAAAAAACAGAACAGAACAACCCGGAACGUGCGCGCGGUUGGACGGGGUGGAGAAAGGAGUGGGGGAAGGGUUUUUUGGAGGAGAAGAAGAAGGAGCAGUAAAAAAGGAUAGAUAGACACACGAACUGGAACACAAUGGAGAGGAGAGAGAGCUGGGGAAGGAAGCAGAACAGUAAUUUGUUCACGGUCGCAGGACGCCAGAUGGAAACAGCAGAGGGAAUGGCUUAGAAAGCAACAGGAUUUAGGCUGAAACGUACCAUCUACUAAGCAUGAACAGGAAAACUAGAAGAAAAACAAGUCUAUCUCUAUUACCAUCAAAUACAACAACAACAAAAACAACAGCUAAAGUAAAGAAAACCAUAAACACAACACACAAACAUAAUCAGAAACACACUCUCACUCUCAGAAGAACGCCGAGAAAGCGCUGUUGUGUUGAACAAAAAGUGCACCGAAAAAAAAAAAAACAAAAAUGCAUCAUCCUUCUUUGCAAAUGUUUAGUGUCUUGUUGUUGUGUGCAGGGAAAAAAUCGCGCGCGCCAGAAUCAGCUUUUUCUAAAAUCACUCAACUCAACAAAUCAACAACAUCAGAAUAACAUUAAUCAGCAGCAGCAGCAUUUCUUUCUUCUCCAAGCAUACACACACACAAAUCCUUUUUUUACUACUUGUUCGGAAGUUUGGAGAGAGCGCGCGCCGACCAGCCAGCAGCGAAGGCGGCGGAAAGGGCAUCUAUUACUGGAUGUGUUUUUAUUAUACUAAUUAAUAAUGGUAAAAACUCCUAUUAUUAUACUUUAGAAUAUAUGAAGCAAAGAUUAUUUGGAACGGAGAAACGGAGACGGAAAUUAGGAGCAGCAGAGCAGGAACAUAUGAGUAAACAGAUAACACACACACACACACAUACACAUACACACACGCAGUCGUAAGGGCUAGAUUUUUAAAACGAAAAUUACACACAAACAAAAAAAAAAAGAACGAAACAGUGGCGAAAUAAAAUACUAACAACUGAUUAGAAACUGAGAGUGGAGCGAUUUGUUGUUUGUGGAAGGAUGUCCUGCCCUCUGGUUGUCGUCGUCGUUGCUGCUGAAGAAGGUUUUCGGUCAGGAUGGCGCAGACAAGGAACUUGAAAGGAGAUCUCCGAUGCCUUGUACGAGCACCCAAACUGACCUCGAAUUCAUCAAGCCUUGAACGCAAAACGUCAUUUUUUUAAACUAAUCGAAUGGACUUUUUGAGACCGGACUUUGAGAGCGCUAUUGGAAACUGCCAGUUUGAUAAUGCGUGAGAUUGACCAUCAUCACCCUUCCCCCAAACCGUCUUCUUCACACUCACACCAACAGGCUCCCAACCGAAACGAUUUUCACACCCACCAAGUGCUGCGCGGUUGUGGGACUUAGUUUAGUAUUUUUUUGGUAAUUGUUAGAAGUGAAAAUCUACUUUGAAAGCAGGACGGACGCGUUCUCGCACAUUUUUGGAGGAACAUAAACGAACUGUACUUUGUAAAACCGACACAAAAAAAAAGCAAAUAACAAUUGUAUUUAAAAAUGUACACACAAAAAA